GUCCUGCAGGAAUCCAGGUGUAUUUUUGUUUUCCCAGCAAUAAAUCUUUUGGGGGAAAAAAAUUGUGGCCAUCUCCAUGCACCAAGCCCAAUACUGUACCAUUUCCUAUGGAGCUGCAUAGAGGGAGCUCACUGCUCUCUGUGGGAAGAUGACAGACUGCAGGUCAUUUCUGUGAAGGGCAAAAAAACCAUCUCCUCCAAGUGCUGAGGGCUGAAAAUACAGCAGAGCACCUCCAGAAGAGACAGGUGGGGUCAGAGGGAGCUGAGGAGGGGAGGUGGUGGUGGUUGAGAGGGUCCAGAGGCGGGGUAGACUGUGGAUUGCAUCAAGAUGGCUUUUUAGCAGUUGGGAAAACUUUGUGGCAGAGGAAAAAAAGAGGCUGGGAAUGAACUAGUCAUAGGAUUUUUCUCCAAACUUUGGUGAAGGAACAGCAGAAAAAUUGCAGGCGAGCAGUGAGGGGCACAGGCUUUACUCCAAACUCAUGUAUUAAGGAGGGGGCAACCAAAGGAAGAGGAAAAUGUUUGCCUGUUUGGGAGGAUGUGACCCAGUAGGUGGCUGUGACUGCUGUGGGAGAACCAAAUUGUUCCUAGCUGGAAACAAGAAGUUAUUUGAGUUCCCAUCUGGCCUAAGAACAUAUAGAGCAGGGACACAGUAGGAUUAAAUGUUUAGGAAAUGGGCCAGGAGAUGUAUGAAUAGGCUUUCUCAUAGAAGCAGUAGGUGAAGCAGAGAGGGAAGUAGUGGGGAUGUGUAAUGUGCAUGGCUUUGUCUGGGAAAGGAGAAGUUUUAUUUCAUGCCAUGAAGGGCCAGAACUUUGAGCACCAGUUUAAUCCACCAUCUGUACCCACUUGAAAAGGCUUGAUUUCAUAGCCAGGGUGCUUUCCCUCUUCUUAGAAUAGGAAAAUGAAGGCAGAAGUGCUGUGUCUCCCCUGCUGCUCUGUGUUUCUGCCAGCAGUGUUUCUCAUUGCAGCAUCACAAAUUCUCUCUUUCAUGUUGGCUUAUUCAGGAGUUAGAGGACAGACAAAAAGUCCUGGUCCAGGUGUCCCUGAGCUGGAGGCUGGAGGCAGGGUUGGGGCUUGGGACUGGCACUCAUUCAUUUCCUUCCCAGGGCUAGGUGAGAGGAGGUGAUUCUCUGAUUGUGACCUUCCUCUGCACCCAUGUGUGAAACAGGUCUAGCAAAAAUGAAAAAAACCCCACAAAUAGUAGUAGAAAUAGGCUGGCUCUUGGAUCCACCUUAUAUUAAAAGAAUAAAACUAAAGAAUUAGCUAGGCUUGUCCUGCCAGCUUCCUGGGACAUCCUCAACAAACCCAAACUUCACCAUCGCUGUACUUGGUAACGUGCCCUGGACUGCAGCAAAUUGGAAUGUGCCAAGGACCGUGACAGAUCAAACAUAUUUCAUUAAAACCAUGACAAGAGCCAUAUCCAAGGAAGGAGAACGCAAUGGGGCCACCACAUCUCCCGAAGAGAUAAAAAUAGAGGGAAUGGAAGAGAGAGGCCAGUGGCGGAACAAAAUGGAGUUUGUGCUGUCUGUGGCUGGGGAGAUCAUUGGCCUGGGUAACGUGUGGAGGUUCCCAUACCUCUGCUACAAGAAUGGUGGUGGAGCCUUCCUCAUCCCUUAUCUCAUCUUCCUCUUCACCUGUGGGAUCCCCCUGUUCUUCCUGGAGACGGCGCUGGGGCAGUUCACGAGCCAGGGAGGGGUGACAGCCUGGAGGAAGAUCUGUCCCAUCUUUGAAGGAAUUGGAUAUGCCUCCCAAGUCAUUGUGGGAUAUCUGAAUAUCUACUACAUCAUCAUCUUGUCCUGGGCACUGUUCUACCUGUUCAGCUCCUUCACUGCAGUGCUACCAUGGGCCAGCUGCAAUAACCCCUGGAACUCAGAUCUCUGUGUGGACAUUCUGAAUAGAUCCGGCCUGGACAACAGGACCUUGCCUUCGAACGCCACCUCCUCAAUGAUUGAGUUUUGGGAGAAGCGAGUGCUGGGGCUCACGGAUGGUAUUCACAAACUGGGCACUGUGCGCUGGGAGCUGGCUCUGUGUCUCCUGCUGGCGUGGAUCAUCUGCUACUUCUGCAUCUGGAAAGGGGUCAAGUCCACAGGCAAAGUCGUUUACUUCACUGCCACCUUCCCAUAUGUGAUGCUCCUCAUCCUGCUGGUUCGAGGGGUCAUGCUGCCAGGGGCUGCUGAGGGGAUCAUUUUCUACCUGAAGCCAGACAUCUCCAGGCUGGCAGACCCACAGGUCUGGAUGGAUGCAGGCACUCAAAUCCUCUUCUCCUAUGCCAUCUGCGAGGGGUGCCUGACAGCUCUGGGCAGCUACAACAAAUACACCAACAACUGUUACAGGGACUGCAUCAUGCUCUGCUCCCUGAACAGUGCCACCAGCUUUGUUGCUGGCUUUGCCAUUUUCUCUGUGCUGGGCUUCAUGGCUCGAGAGCAGGGCGUGCCUAUUUCAGAAGUGGCCGAAUCAGGUCCUGGCCUGGCUUUCAUAGCAUAUCCGACAGCAGUAACAAUGAUGCCUGUGUCUCAGCUCUGGUCCUGCCUCUUCUUCCUCAUGCUGAUCUUCUUGGGACUGGACAGCCAGUUUGUCUGUGUGGAAAGCAUGGUGACAGCUAUUAUUGACAUGUUCCCAGGAGUGUUUCGGAAGAAGGGGCGUCGGGAGCUGCUGAUCCUGGCCAUUGCAGUCAUAGGCUACUUGCUGGGCUUGUUGCUGGUCACUGAGGGUGGCAUGUACAUCUUCCAGCUCUUUGACUACUAUGCUGCCAGCGGCACAUGUCUGCUCUUCCUGGCUAUUUUUGAAGUCAUCUGCAUAGGAUGGGUGUAUGGUGCCAACCGUUUCUAUGACAACAUUGAGGACAUGAUUGGUUACCGGCCGUGGCCCUUGAUCAAGAUAUGCUGGCUGGUGUUCACCCCGGGUCUGUGCUUGGGCGUCUUCCUGUUUUCCCUGAUCAAGUACGCACCCUUGAAAUACAACAAUUCCUACGAGUACCCACCGUGGGGCUACAUGCUAGGCUGGCUGAUGGCACUCUCCUCCAUGGUCUGUAUUCCUCUCUAUGCCAUCUUCAUCCUCCUGAAAACCAAAGGACCCCUGAAACAGCGACUGAUGCAGCUGAUUUCCCCAGCGGAGGAUCUACCACAACCAAAGAAGAAGCACGUGGCGAGGCCGUCUGAUCUGAGGCGUGAGGGAUGGUCUCCUCCAGCCCAGGAGCUGCUCAGCAUCACAGAGAGAGAAACCCACUUCUAGGGCACCUGGGAUGUUUCCUCCAUAACCCAGACUGAUUUGCUCUCUCCUUCCCAAAGUGGUUUCUUUUCCCUUCUCUCCUUCAUGUCUGUGAUGGAAGCAUCUAGGACAAUUUGUUUCCUUCCAGCCAGCUGGUUGCACCCACUGGCAACAGCAUUUCUUUUACACCCUGGGGACAACUCUUCUGCCAGCAGCUGUGGAGAUUGCAGAACGCUUUUGUCAGAAGUGCCCUUCAUUAUUGACACUGGUUGAGAAGAGAAAAACAUUGUAACAAAAAUGGGAAAAAAAAAGUGCAUUUGUGUUGGGAGGAGGAAAGAAACCACAGUGGUUAGGGUGGGGAGAGAGAGCAGAGAUUCAAGGUGUGAAGGAGCAAAGUUAGGAAACCCAGUAAAUGAUGGGGUGCUAGCAUGGGAAAUAAGUAAGUUGGUUCAGAAGUGCAUAAGAAGCUGGAGGAUGACAAAGGAAAGUGCAUUACUAGGUCACCUCUGUAGAAGGGAGAGAGAGCCAGGAACAUAUCACAGCCAAUGACAAAAGGAGGCUGCACUGUCACUAGUUACAGCUUCAGCUGUCGCUGGAAGGGAAAGGAGUGACAGGGUGCUCGAUGCAAUCGUAGUUGUUGAUGAUGGAUCUCAAGGCAGUCUCAGUCUAGAAAAGGGAGUGAGGAAUGACUAUCUAAGGGGACUUGCUCUUGGUCAAAACUACACGGCCCAGUGAAAACGCAUCCAAGAGUGAAACUGAUGAACAUUUGACAAUUCUUUCAGAAAAUUCAUGGAGCGCAGGAAAAGUCCCAAAGCAGUUGGUAAGAAAAAGAAAAAGAGCUGCAGCACAGCUGGGAAAAUGAGACCCUGAGGACUACACGCCCACAAAUUUAACUGCACUGCUGGGGCAUUUUGUAGAGGAAUUAUAGAAGGAGUUGAUGGGCCUGAUUCUUUGCUCCAGGCUAGCUUUGGGAAAGGGGUGGGAAAAUGAUUGCACUUCCUUGGCUUUGCUGUGGAUGACGGUUCAGGGGAUAAGGAAGACAUAAUCGGGUGCAAUAAUCAUCAGCUCAGGCAAGAUAAAGCAAAAUUAAUAGGUAGCAUGGGUUCACUGGAAGCAGAUUGUGUCGAAUUAAAGGUUGGUUGUUGCCAGGGUAGUCAAAAAUGUGAGGCAAUGGGUGGGAGGAAAUGUGCUCUGCUGCCGGGUUUGGUGCAGUGCCAGGUGACUCUGUCCUGUGGAGGCUGGGGCUGUAAAGAUCCCUGCCAAAUCCUGUUUUAAUGCCCAUCAAAAAUUCACAGUUAAACCCACCAGAAAAGCCAGUGGCAGGACGCACCUGAAGCUUUGCUGUGGUCAAAGGUCACUGGUGCAUGGCUGUGCUGCAAUAUUGGUGAAUCCAACCAUGCCAGAGAAUGACCAUCAAAAUGAAUCACAGAUGCUACAGGCUCCUUUCCCCUGUUCCUUGUUCCAAGUAAUUGCUUUUCCCUGUGCUGUAUGGAGAUAAACGACCGGCACCAAAAGUGAGCACAGAAAUCAGGCCUCAUCUGUGCAGCUUGGUACCUAUUCCAAUUGCUAUGGGAACCUUAUCUGCUGCAGUUUCCUCUGAGUUUAACUGGAGAAUUAGCAUAGGGCAAUCUUUUCCCCAUUUAAUUUCCUUUCCUUUAAAAACUAAAAGCUACAAACUGCUGGUGAAAUGAACACUGGAAGUCAAGUAUCAGAAUUUGUACCUCUCUGGCACAUUAUCAUUUAAGAUGUUUUACUGUGGAAGAUGGAGAAGGCUGGCAAACCUCAUUCACAUUCCCUGCAAAGGACUGCAGCACCACAUAAGACACCAUUUAUUGUAUUUUAUUUUUCAAAGAGCUGAAUGUCAUGCUGCAAAUAGCUGUGGGAAGAGCUUAACACCCAGAGGCUUGAAGUCAGGCCUCAUGGUAAGAAGUUUGGUGAUUUUUUCCUCUCCCUCCCACCAAUGUUGCUCAUAAUUUGGUGGGGGAAGCAGCUUCCCCCAGUCUUGAUUCCUGUACAAUCCUUGGUAGGACAUUUAGCCCCUUUCCUCCUGCUGCCAUGCCUUUAAGAUAUGAGGUAGUGUCGUGCUGUCAGAGAAGUCCUGGAGAUCUGUCCACUUCUUUUUCUGAGGCAGUUGAGUAACACUGCAAAAAUCCUAGAUAGAAACAAGUAACUCUUCAGUUUGGAACACAGAUGUGGUGCUGUGUUAUUGACUGCAUGAACUUAUUCCUCUUGCUUAUGUGUAAUCUGACAAUAACAUCCCACCUCUGCCAGGAGGCAACUUAUUUUAAUGAAGCUAGAGGAGGUAUUGGUGUGCCCAUUUAAAGCAAUCAUAAAAUUCCCAGGAUCAGGACAUUAAUCCAGUUUCUUUGGAUGGAAUUGACAAAGUCAAGUCCAGGAAUUUUAAGUCAAAGCUCAGUGACCCAGUGUCAUUUAAUUCCCUUUCCUUUAAAAACUGAAACACCCACACACACCCAGCUGGGGGAACUGGGGGGAAUGCCAUCAGUGUCUGUCUUUUGCUGUGCCAGCUCCCGGCACAAUUAGAGACUGAGUAGUGGUUUGUUAGAUUUCUACAAAUGUCUUAGGCAUUGCUGCAUGCAUGUGACAGAUCUGGCAGGUCUCCAUCAACCCCUGGAACUGGGCACCUCUGGAGAACUCUGAGUCUGAUGGGAAACUGCUCCUGUCCUGCACACCACCAGGAAUACACUACUGAAGGAUCGGUAUGGAGAGGAGGGAGAGAUUUUUUUUUCGCCCUGUAAUUGUUGAUAACAUGCCAAGACACGAUGCAUUUGGAGCUGAAGUCCAAGAGAAGGUACGAGGUUUUCAUACUGUGCUACUCCUCCCAGCUGGAAUUAAAACACUGCAUACAGAAGAAAGGACAUACACCUAUAAACACCUAACUACCACUUCAGGGUUUCCAGUUUGUUUGUUGUUCUGGUUGUGUUUUUUGGGGGUUUUUUUGUGGUUUUUUUUUCUUCAUAAAAAAGCCAUUUUCACCCCUGUCUCCAGAAGGAAAGGACAUGAACAGAGUUUGUUAAAAAA